AUGGGAAAUGAAAAUGAAGAAGUAGUACCACCAACAUCUGAAGAAGGAACAGAUGAUUUGGUGAAUGGUGAUGGUUCAUCAAUUAAUAGUAAUGGAACUGAGAAGAUAUCAGGAGAAAGUCUAUCAUCAUCUCCAGAGGAACAAGUUGAAGAAAGAAAAGAUGAACCUACUACGUCAAAAAGUACAUCAAAAGGAGCUACCUCAACAUCUGUUAAAGGUGAAGAAGAUCCAGUAGCAGUAUUGGAAAAAAUGCUUAAGCAAGCUAAUGAUGCAUCUCUUCAUGGAACACCAAAUGAUCGUCUUCUUAGUUCUCUUCAAUUACAAAUGUUUAAAUCAAAUGUUGAGUUACCGUCAUAUUGGAUAAAAAAAAUAGAUACAGUGGUUCAAAAACUUUGUCCAAUGCCACCAAAAACUAGUAAAGGAUUUUCCUUCACAAAAAAAAAUAUAGUUCCUCAGACAAAGAACGUUGGUUCAGCUGAAGGCAGAAAAAGUAAUAAAGAUUUUUUAAAUAGUCAAGGAGAUUUAUCUAGUAAAAAUAAAGUUAUUACUAUUAGUAAUGAGAAAGAUGGUGAUCGCCAAGUUUCUGGUGAUGAUGGUUCUGAUGUUCGUAUAUCAAAUAUAAAAGAUUGCUCGUUUGGAUUUACAUUUCAUCCAUCAUCAGUUAUUAUUAAAGAUAUUGAUAAUUGUACAUUACUAUUUCCAUCAUGUAAAUCAUCUAUUCUUAUUCAAAAUUGUAGUAGAAGUAAUAUUGGUAUUAUAGCACAACAGAUACGUAUUCAUAAUACUCAAAAUACAUCAAUUUUAUCAAAUAAUAGUAGUAUAAUUAUUGAAGAUUGUCAUGGUAUUAAAAUUGGUGAUUACCCAAAAACAGGACUAGAAAAAGAAAAAAUUUAUGAUAUUGAGCAGGCUAAAGUUCAAGAUUUUAAUUGGCUUGUUAAUGAAGGGAAAAAUACAUCAGAAUCAUUUUAUUUAUCUAAAACUUCUACAUUUAAACAACAUAAUGAAGAAGAGUAUUCUAUUUCACAUUGUUAUUCAUGUGCUUCAGAUAUCUAUCGACUAUACUGGUCACAAUUAAUGCAUCAUUAUUUUCCACCAAAAAAUUUUACUGAUAAUUGUUGGAUUCCAGAUAAUUCUGUUGGACAAAUUCCAUGUAGAACUGCUUGUUUUACACUUGUUGAAGAUACAGAAGAUGAAUUUUCACCAAAAGCAAUAUUACGUGGAUGUGUAGAUAGAUUAUUACUAUUUGGAAUGGAUGAUGAUGUUAAAAAUGCCAUAAUAAUACAUCAUAAAAAUUGUAGAUCUACUGAUCGUCAUCUUUUACAAUUAAUAAGUCUAUCUAAAGAUUCUCAAUAUGUUUUAAUGUGUACGUGUGAAGGAAAAAUAUGUAAUGAUGAAGAUAUGCGCCCAACAUUAGAAACAUCCUCAACAUCAAAAGUUAUGGUAUUGUCAAUAAUUAAAUAUAUUUUCCUAUAUGCUUCAACAAUGAAAAUUAUUAAAUUAAUAUUUCCUUUACUUUAA